AUGUUCUCAGAUAUUUUGAGUGUGAUAUUAUUUUGCACUUUGCACUUCAUUGCAUCAUCUUCGGAGCUGCAGCCUGGCAUGCCGAAUGUGUGUGCUGACCAGGAGAUGUCUAUGUUGGGGGCCCGUCAGCCUUGUGUCCAGGCUUUUACCCGCAUGGUGAAAGUGUGGAAGCAGGGCUGCAACAGCCACAGAUGGUGCAUGGGCUAUGAGAGAAGGACAGCAUACUACACAGUGUACAGGCAGGUGUACAACAUGAACACGCACACAGUCUAUAAGUGCUGCCCUGGCUGGAGACAGGAGGGUGAAGAGAUGGGCUGUCUGCAUAGGGUGUGUAGUGCAAAUACAUGUUUCAAUGGAGGCCAGUGCGCAAAGACUGGAGACAAGAUCUGUCAGUGUUCCCUGGGCUUCAAAGGGACGCGAUGCCAGUAUGAUGUUAAUGAAUGUGAGCGGGAUGAAGGCGGCUGUGAGGGAUUCUGCUGCAACACCAUCGGCAGCUUCUACUGCAAGUGUCCUGAAGGCAGCCGACUGGGGCCGGACGGCAGAGCGUGUCACGAUGUCAAUGAGUGUGAGGAGCUGAAUGGAGGAUGCCAGCAGACGUGUGUGGACACACCGGGCUCUCACCACUGCGAGUGCAACGAGGGCUUCCGCAUGCACUCUGAUGGACGGACCUGCAUCACUGUGAACUCCUGCUCAGUGCUGAAUGGUGGAUGUGAGCAUAAGUGUGUGGACACGGGCAACAAUCACUACAAAUGUGAAUGUAGGAAGAACUACCAGCUGAAGAGAGACGGGCGACACUGUGAAUUGAGGGACCCCUGUGCGGACAGGAAUGGAGGCUGCGCCCAGCUGUGUCUUUCAGAAGACACUCGGGUUCACUGCAGCUGCCGACCUGGUUUUACACUGGCUGCAGACGGGAAGAACUGUGAAGACAUUGAUGAGUGCGGUUCGGGCCGUGCCAAGUGUUCCCACAGAUGUGUCAACACGCUGGGCUCCUUCAGCUGUGUGUGUAAUCCGGGCUUUGAACUGGGUGCUGAUGGCAAACAGUGCUACCGCAUUGAGAUGGAGAUUGUGAACAGCUGUGAGAAGAUCAACGGAGGCUGCUCUCAUCACUGCGAACACACCACCAACGGACCGCUGUGUUCCUGUAACCAUGGCUACCAGCUGGCCCUGGACAGGAAGACCUGUGUGGAUAGUGACGAGUGUGUCAGUGGGGGGGCCUGCUGCCGUCACUUCUGCAGAAACUACCCGGGCGGCUACGAGUGCAGCUGCAGAGCCGGCCACAGACUCAACCCAGACGGCUGCGGCUGCGAUGACGUUGACGAGUGCCUGGCAGAGACUUCAGGCUGUGAACACGACUGUGUCAACACCCUGGGAACUUACGAGUGUUUUUGUGAGCUGGGUUUCCGCUUGGAUCAGGACCAACACUCCUGCAUUUCUCUGUAUGGGGAACUGGAAGAUGAAGAGGAUGAGGAGGAAGACGAGGAUGAACAGCUGGAGGUCCAUAGAUUACCUGACCUGCUGUUUCGCAAGGUUCCUCAGCUCCUGCAGUACACAGCGGCCUUCCACUCCCGUUAUGUUAGUGAUGAAGAUGAUAGUGAUGGUGGUGACAGGGAAGUAGAGAUCCAGAGGGGGCGCCGAGGAGAGCUCAGACUGUCCAGCAGCAUAGUGUGUCUGGAUGGCUCGUUCGGGGAAGACUGCAGUGUGAGCUGUGAGGACUGUGAUCACGGAGUGUGUAGUGAGAACAGAGACCGGUGUGAGUGUGCAGCCGGAUGGACAGGGAUCAUCUGUAACAAGACGUGCUCCCAGGGGACCUAUGGGCCGGCCUGUAACAGUCUGUGUCGGUGUCAGAACGGAGGCUUGUGUGACCCUGUGACCGGGAACUGUGUGUGCCCCCCCGGGGUGCGGGGCCUGCUCUGCGAGGACGGUUGUCCCAGGGGUCAUUUCGGGAUGCACUGCAGGAGAAAGUGUAACUGUCCCAACAACGGACACUGCCACCGUCUGUACGGGGGCUGCCUCUGCUCUCCGGGACUGUACGGCCGUCUCUGCCACCUGUCUUGUCCCAGGUGGACGCAAGGGGCCGGCUGUUCCCGGGAAUGUGACUGUGUUCAAGAACAUUCCUCUGGCUGCGACCCCAAAACAGGAAGCUGUUUCUGUAAGACCGCCUACCACGGACCACAGUGUGAGAAAGAAUGUGAGCCAGGGUUCUUCGGUGCCGGCUGUGAGCAGCCAUGUGACUGUCCAGGUGGAGCGUCAUGUGACCCGCGGACCGGGGAGUGCAGUCAGAGAUGUCCUGCAGGUCUUCACGGAGAAAAAUGUCAACUUGCCUGCCCAUCACUGAGAUAUGGUGAGAGCUGUCGUCUGACCUGUGGCUGUGGAGGAGCUCCAUGUGAUCCUGUAACCGGACGAUGCAUCUGUCCUGCAGGGAAGACUGGGGACUCCUGUCAUGAAGACUGCCCUGAUGCAUUCUGGGGGAUGAAGUGCCAGUCAGCGUGUCCUGACUGUGAGAAUGGAGCCUCCUGCAAUAAGGAGAGCGGAGUGUGUGAGUGCAGACCAGGCUUCAUGGGGAACCUCUGCCAGAAUGAGUGUCCCCCAGGUCUCCAUGGUCCAGGCUGUGAGGGUCUCUGCUCCUGCCCCCCCGACUCUGACUGUGACCCCCGGACGGGACACUGCCUCUGCCCUGCUGGCAAAAGAGGCCCUGACUGUGCAACAGCGUGUGAAUCUGGUUACUGGGGCCCAGGGUGCGUGAACACAUGCGAGUGCAGAGAGAUCUCUGAGAGCUGCGACCCGGUCAGCGGGCAGUGUGUGUGUGAGGCGGGCUUCACCGGAGACCACUGUGAGAAGAACUGUGUGAAUGGCAGUUUUGGGCGGGGGUGUGUGCUGCCGUGCCGCUGUGAGAGUGGAGCGCUCUGCGACCACGUGAGCGGAGCCUGCACCUGCUCACCUGGGUACGCCGGCACCUACUGUGAGAAAAUGUGCCCGGACGGCUUUUACGGUCUUGACUGUGGCCAGAUGUGUGAGUGCAGGAACGGUGCCCGCUGCCACCACAUCACAGGAGGCUGCCUGUGCACCGCCGGCUGGGCAGGACCACACUGCAUUCUGGCGUGUCCAGAGGGUACUUUUGGGGAGCGGUGCAGUCAGACCUGUGAGUGUGAGCGGGGGUCCAGGUGUGACCACAUCAGCGGGGGUUGCAACUGUGCGGCCGGCUUGACCGGAGUCCGCUGCCAACUGCCCUGUCCUGCAGGAUAUUACGGUGAACAAUGCUCUGGUCAGUGUCUGUGUGGAAACGGAGGCUCCUGUGAUAGCGUCAGUGGUCAGUGCUCCUGCCCCCGCGGCUGGAGAGGAGCUACCUGUGAGUCAGAGUGUGAGGAAGGACGGUUUGGAGAGAACUGCAGUCAGACCUGCAGCUGUACGACUGGAGGGAGGUGUGACAGAGAGACAGGAAGAUGUGUGUGUCUGCCUGGAUGGACGGGAGACCUCUGUCAGUCAGCCUGUUCUGAGGGAUUCUUUGGAGAGCGCUGUGAGCAGAGGUGUGACUGCGUCCAUAGUCCGAGUUGCCACCAUAUGACGGGCCUCUGUGAGUGUGAGCCAGGCUGGAGGGGGGCCAGGUGUGACAAACACUGCCUCCCGGGGUCCCACGGUGCUUCCUGUGCCCAGCCGUGUGACUGCCAGGCCGGGGCGUCCUGCCACCAUGAGACGGGGAGCUGUGGGUGUCCCGCCGGACUCAUGGGGCCCGGCUGCGAGACACCCUGUCCUGCUGGCGUGUUCGGGAUGAACUGCAGCAAGCUGUGCCGGUGUUCAGGAGACCAGGAGCAGUGCCAUCCUGUGACGGGGAAAUGCAGCUGCUUACCCGGAUACUACGGGGCCCGCUGCGAGCUACGAUGUCGAGCAGGUACUUUUGGGCCUAACUGCAAGUCCAGAUGCAGCUGCACCAGUGGCGGUCGCUGUGACUUCAGGACUGGGACCUGCUACUGCCCGGCUGGCUUCAUUGGAGCUGACUGCAGCUUACGCUGUCCAAGCGGGUAUUAUGGGAAGGACUGUGCUAAGAUGUGCUCCUGUGGGGAAGGAGGGCAGUGCCACCCAGCUACUGGAAAGUGUAUCUGUGCCCCUGGUAGGAUGGGACAGUCCUGCCAGCAAGCAUGUCCUAGGGGGCGCUAUGGCCUGCAGUGCAGAAACACGUGCAGCUGUCAGAACGGGGGUCUGUGUGAUCCCAUCCACGGGUCUUGCAGAUGUGGACUGGGCUGGACCGGAGCGCGCUGUGACUCGGCCUGUUCACAGGGAAAAUAUGGGUUUGAUUGUGCACAAGACUGUCCAUGCCUCAACAACGGGACCUGCAACCGUUUCACCGGCACCUGCGGCUGUUCUGCUGGAUACUACGGCCACUCCUGUCAACACAGUUGUCCAUCUGGAUUCUUUGGCAUGAAAUGUGCCCGUACAUGUGACUGUAAAGCAGGGCGGACAUGUGAUCAUGUGACAGGCAAAUGUGUGUGUCCACCAGGCUACCAUGGCCCACAAUGUGAAAGAAGGUGUGAGUCUGGCAGGUUUGGAUUGAGCUGUGGAGAGUCAUGUGACUGUGCUGGUGAGGCCCCAUGUGACCCAUCCACCGGGCGGUGCCUCUGUCCCCCAGGAAGGACAGGACAGAGAUGUGAAAAAGAUUGUGGUGGAGAGCGUUUCGGCCCAGACUGCUCUCUGCCGUGUCAGUGCUCCCACAGGGCCCGCUGUGAGGGGCUCAGCGGGCGGUGCCUGUGCCCGCUCACCUGGCUGGGCCCCACCUGUGCCGAAGCGCUGCUACACCAAACCACGGGACCGUUGAACUUUUCAGUGUCCCAAAGAAAGAGAAGAGCGGGCAGCAAAACCACAUAACCAAAGCAGAGGUGCAAACUCCUGACUGGACGUCCAGACACGGGGCUCGGCUCUGUGAGGCAUUACUCAGAUCAUCUUGGUGAAGGUGAUGUUAGUUGUGAAACUGGUACUCAGCUGUCAGAGACUGGCACUCCAUCACUGAGCCUGGAGCUGGGA